UUCCGGUUCCGCCCACUCGCAUAAGGGCCGAAUGGUGCCAAAUUCCAGAUGAACAGCAGAUUAAUGUUGCCAAUAGAUCUUCGUGAAACACCAACGUGACAGAGAGAGUGAACUAAAUACAUUAUUUUCUAAAGCAGAAUCACGAGUGCGCAAGGUUAUUGAUUUCUGAGCUGCUGACUCCCGCUCAGUAGCCUACACGGUGAGCUGAGAUAACACCCAGGACUUUCCGGUCCCAUGGAGAAACGACAGCUGAUGAAAGACGUCCUGCAGCGGUGCAUAGACAGACAUAAAGACGAGCUGCACAGUUUGAGUCUGGACAUUUGGAGCCGACCUGAACUUGCCGGAAACGAGACACACGCGCACGACAGGCUGGUCCGCUUUUUUUCUCAGGACCAGACAUGGACGGUAGAAAGUCACUACAAAUUACCGACCGCAUUCCGGGCCAGCUGGGGUGCGGUCGAUGGCGGGGAGCGGGAGCAGCCGGGGCUGAACGUGGGGUUCCUGUGCGAGUACGACGCGCUUCCGGGCAUCGGGCACGCGUGCGGGCAUAACCUGAUAGCAGAGGUUGGAGCUGCCGCAGCUUUGGGGCUGAAAGCUGCUUUAGAGAACCAGACUCAACUCCCUGAACCAGUGAAGAUAACAGUUCUGGGAACUCCUGCAGAGGAGGAUAUAGGAGGCAAAAUUCAAUUGAUCAAGGCAGGAGCCUUCGCUGACAUCGACCUUGUCUUCAUGGCUCACCCAGCUCAGCAAGACGCUUCUUUCCUGCCCUGUGUCGCAAUCGUUGAUGUGUCAGUGAAGUACCAUGGGAAGGCAUCUCAUGCUUCUGCAUACCCUUGGGAGGGAGUGAAUGCCCUGGAUGCUGCUGUGCUGGCUUACAACAAUCUCUCUGCACUCAGACAGCAACUCAAACCAGAGUGGAGGAUUCACGGCAUCAUCAAACAUGGAGGGGAGAAGCCCAACAUUAUCCCUGCCUACACGGAGUUAGAGUUUUAUCUGCGUACGCCGCUGGUUAAGGAUCUUUGUGACCUGAAGGCCAAAGCUGAGGCUUGCUUCAGGGCAGCUGCUGUUGCCACUGGCUGCCAAGUAGAGAUAAUCUACCCAACCGAUGGCUAUGAUAGCAUUCUGCAAAAUGCCACACUGGCAAACCUGUAUGAAAAUAAUGGAAAAGCUUUGGGGAUCCAGUUUCCAGAGCAGCCAGCCAACUUCUCUGGUUCUACAGACUUUGGCAACGUAUCAUUCAUAGUUCCCGGUAUCCAUCCUUUCUUCUACAUCUGCACCGACGCGUUUAACCACACUGAGGAAUACACCGAAGCAGCAGGAGCUGAAAAGGCCCAGUUGUACACCCUGAGGACAGCCAAAGCCCUGGCUAUGACAGCUGUGGAUGUAGUAUGCUGCCCUGUUCUGCUGAGGCAAGUGAGAGAGGACUUUAGACUAGCCAAACUGAAACAGGAGAAAUGACUAGAAAGCAGUGAUACAGCCUGGACAGCUCAUAAAUGAAAUUACUUUAAUAAUAAAUAUAGUACAUGGGCUUUAACUCAAGAGCACAUAUUGGCAUACAGCAAUUCCAGCAGUUUGUAUGGUUAGCGUUGGAGAAUAGAGCUGUAAAACUAUAACUCAACAAGGGCCUUUGCAAAUCUCAAAUGCCACCUUCAUUAGGUUGGACGAGCUCAUUCCCACUAGACUACUACUAACUGGUGCUCGCAGAGGUUCAAUACCAACAUGGGUACCUGUUUUUUCAGGUUGUGUGGUGCCAGGAACUGGAAAAAGUUACCUUUGCACACGCCACAAUUUUAAAUAGAAGGCUUAGGAGAAACUUACCCCGGAUUUCCACUGGAUGCGGAACGGCUGCGGAACGGCUGCGGAACGGCUGCGGAAC